CACUGAGAGGCUGCAGUUUCUCCUUGUUUGUACGCUAAAAUUUACACUUCCCAAGAGACAAUCUCUGAUCAUUUCUCAUUUCUUAACUACAGAUUUUGCUCCUAAUCUCAUUCCCAAAUCUUCUGCUCAAAAACCACAAUUAAACACACACACACACUCUCUCUCUCUCUCUCUCUCUCUCUCUCUCUAAACACACUCAUCUCAUUCUCCAUUCUUCUCUGAAACAAAAGCGAUGGAAAACGACCUGUACGGCCUCGGCUCAGCUCCGGCGACUGUUUCGGCCGAGUACAUGGGCUUCGAGGUGUUCGACGACGAUCGGGUGCAAAUGGCGUUCGGAUCCGACCCGAUUUUCCCGGCCUCCUCUUCUGCGGUGUCGGACGCCGCUUCCAUGGCGGCGGCUGAAGCUCAGAGAGGCAGCGGAGGAGGAGGAUUCGCCGACGAAUUCUCCGGUGGAGUGAGAGAGAAGAUCGCCUCUCAUCCUCUCUACCCCAAGCUUUUAGAAGCUUACAUCGAGUGCCGAAAGGUCGGAGCGCCACCGGAGAUAGCAAGCGAGUUGGAAGAAAUCCGGCAAGAAAGCGAUCAGCUGAUCAGCAGAAGAACCGCCGUUUCAACUCGCGAUUUUGGUUCCGAUCCCGAGCUCGACGACUUCAUGGAAACUUACUGCGGUAUAUUGGUGAAGUACAAAUCGGAUCUCUCAAGGCCGUUCGAUGAGGCAACGACAUUCUUGAACGAGAUGCAAUCACAGCUCAACUCUCUCUGCAAUAAUCCCACUACCACUGCGUCAACAAGCUACGUUUCUGGUCUCUGAUCUCUCUCUCUCUCUCUUUCUCUCUCUCUCUCUCUCUCACUAAAUC